CACAUUUUACAACGUCAUUAUCAUCGAAAAGGAAUAAAGUAACAGAAGAUCUUGAAGAGAUUGACCGUUCUCAAUAUCCUGGAUUAUUCUCUUCAGAGGACGAAUAUAAUAAUGACGAAUACAAUGAUGGCGAAUACAAUGAUGACGAAUAUAAUGGUGACGAAUAUAAUGAUGACGAUGAGCCGCAUAAUGACGCAGAUGAUGUGUGGUUUGUGGAUCCAUCAUACGAGAAUCUACAGGAAGAAAGCAUAGAAUUUAUACCAUUAUGGCAACGCACAAAUCAACUUUCAUCUACUUCAAAUGAACUUACAACCUCAUCUGAUAUUAUAAGAUUUUUGGAAGAUGAAGGUAUAGAAAAUAUUACUUUACUUGAUGUGAGAGAAAAAUGUGACUUUACCAAUUGGAUGAUAAUUGGUGAAGGAAAAACUAUUAGACAUUUAGUUGGAGCCGCAAGCAGUCUUUAUAAAAUGUUAAAAGAUAACAUAAAACGUCGGAGUGAAGAUCAAUCGAAUUCAUUUAUCAACAACUAUCCGAUCAUUGAAGGUCGAGAUUCGGACGAUUGGGUGUUAAUCGACUCAGGGAACAUUUUUAUACAUCUAUUCACUCCUGAAGCAAGAAAAUAUCGUAACCUAGAAGGACUAUGGGAGAAGGUGCUUAUACCAUCGUCUUCCGAAGAGAGAAUACGUCGAAUUGCUAAAGACAUGGAACAAGAAUUUAAGAAUUACGAUCCGAAGUUUAUUAAGCACCCUCCUUUAUCAGAUAGCAUUGAUUAA